AUGGUGGCGGGGCAUCAGUAUGUGGGUAGACUGUGCCCAGGUGACACUGUGUGCUCCGCUCUGUUCGUUUGUCCUUCGGAGGAUCUACUUCCCAGGAUGCUGGUAUGGACGUCGGCGGUGGCCAUCCUCGUCGCGGGGGUCGUGACAGCCAACGACGUUUUCAUCGAUGACAACGAAACGGGAGGCAACAACCACCACCACAAGGUUCACAAUUUGGUCCUGAACCCCGAGCAGCAUUCGUUAUGUGAACUUAAACAUAUCCGACAGAUUGUGACCCACGCCCAUUGCACUUCUAAGGAAAUGGAAAACUAUGUGUGCGUCGGAACUUGCUUCAGCUACACCGUCCCACAGACUGAACCAGAGACACCUGGCGACGAACUGCUAGACUACUGUGAUUCCUGCCAGGCCUCCGAGUCUCACUGGACUACGAUCGAGCUGGACUGCGAGGAGUACGGCAACGGCUACACGGUCAACAAGAACAUCCAGAUGAUCACCAACUGCUCGUGUUCUCCGUGCCACCCAUCGCGAGCGCCCAUCGAUAACGAGGUCACCCACCAGCCUAACGACCACCACGUGUCCGAGCUGCUCUACAAGAUGCUCCCCAACAGCCACAAGUUCAAGGAGAACGGCGUGCACAAGGCGGAGAUCGGCAAGGAGCUCAAGUACAAGCAGGUGUCCCUCGGCGACCUGAAGAAGGAGUUCAACCUCGACGCCAACCAGGAGCAGCUCCUCCACGGCCGAGUGCUGUUCAAGGACGCCGCUUCCUUCACGGACAACGACGAGGAAGAGGAUCCAAGACACCAUUCCUAUUAAAAGGGGCUUCCCUCUUUUUCUUGUCCGUUUUUUUUUUUUUUUUUUUAGAGGGAAAAGGCGUUCUCGAGUUUGUAUAGCUACUAAUUAACCUAAAUACGUCUUUAAAAAAAAAAUAACUGUAGAUGAAACCCUAGUAAGGAACAGAUUACAUACAUCAGGCGGUCCUUGAGUUGCUGUCUCCCGGUGGCGCUUUGUUCUCACAGCAAAACGAAAGUAAAAGAAUUAAUGACUAUGAAAAGCGUUGCUCCAAAGAGUUACAGUUAUAUAUGAAUUUACUACAUGAUUACUAUUUACAUUUUUUUUCUCUUUGUAAAGUUAUUUUUCUGAGGAAUCUUCCUAAACUUAUUGGGUUCUGUACUAAUCUAAAAAAAUGCAAUCACUUGUAACUGACAUUUAAGAAAAACAAAAUUAACAUCAAUGAACUGAAGAAAUGAAACCAACAAGUGAACAUGAACAGAAUUGGAACAGGUCUUGAUGAUUAUGAAUGCUCAAGUCUUUCAAAAAACAAACAAAAAAAUUAAAACAACAAAAACAGACACGGUUAAAAAAAAUAAAAGAACUCUGAUGCAUCUAUCUUCUGAUGCAGAUACUUAAAGAAUUAGAAAAGAAUAAAAGCAAAACAUUUGAAUAUAAAGUCCUUUGCCUUCUUUUUUCUUGACAACUGAAGUACAGACAAUGAUGGCAAAAUCUAAACACAACCAAGGCGUCAUAGUCGAUUUUAUAGAGAAAAAAACUAAAUUAGUUUCCCCUAUUGUACAGUAUGAAUUUGAUAUCUCUUUUGUUCCAAAAAAUUUUGCCUUCUUUUGCACACUACAGAUUACUCUCUGGUAUGAUAUUUUGCCAUAGCCUUAGUAACGAGAAUAUACCCAUUCCUUUUCAUGUAAAAUCCUUAACAAAAUUCUGUCUUUUUUCUGCAUUCAAAAUUUAUCACCAUAUCCACACAAGAUAUACACUACACCAAGAAAACAAGAUUAUUUUCUUUAGUAGAAAUCGUAUCAAUAAAGUAUAUAUGUGUGA